CUGGCAGACGACGCAGCAAAUCAAGAUGGCCGCCGCCGUCGCCGCCAGUGCUGCCGCUAACGCCGCAGCUGCUCCUUCAGCAGAGACGAUAGCGGUUCGCCCCGGGAUCAACAUGAACUGGAGCUUGCGCUCGCUUCGCGUCAGUACCUCGCUGCUGUCGCGCUCGUGCUCUCUUCUAACCCGAUAACAAGCUGCACACUAGAGGCGCCCGACGAAGGAGUGGAGUGUGUUGUUUGUGCAUGUGCGCGCGUUUUAGCAUGUCUUAAAUUCAGAAAUACAAAACGCCAAGAACGAAAGCCGAGAGAAAUGGCACGUCGUCGCAACAGCGAGAUACUGUGGUCGCUGAUGACGCGGAUCAAGUCACCACACAGUUUUCAGGUGCGCAGGUUUUCUUCGUCCUCGGGAACCGAGACCGCCAACGGUUCGGCCGGAGGCAAGUCCAAGACCUCGUCCAAGAAGUCGUCGAGCGAAAAGUCAUCGUCGUCCAAGACUCCGUCCCGGGCCCGACUGUGCCUGAUAGUGUCGGCGAUCGCGCCCGGUUUGACGUUCGGUGUGUUCGUCGUCGUAGGCAACGCCGCUGCCGUAGUGUCCGCGGGCGCAGUCGUACCUUCGCUUCUCGUAGCCGCCGUGGCAUCCUUGUUGGCCGGUCUGUGCCUGAUCGAGUUGGUGACGUGGCAGCGCCCCUGUCCGGACUCGUUGUACGCCUGCCUCUACCGGUGGGCCGGAGAAGCGGCAGCCUUUGCGGCAGGCUGGUUGUCGCUACUGCACCAGGGAGCAGCCGUAGCUUGCGUGGCGCGUCUGCAGAGCAGCGCCAUCGACGCCCUCAGCGGUGGUGCAUUAGCCAGGGCGUGGCAGGCCCUCGGUUCUUACGACCCGGUAGCCCUGGCUCUGGGCCUGGUGGCAGCCUCUGUGGCCGCCGCACCCCGACUUCUGUCCUCGUCACGCGAACCAACGUGGCUGGGCAUGGCGCUCAUCGUGUUGUCGCUGCUGGCGGCGCUGUUCUUCGUCGCCAUGGGAUCCGUGGGUGCGACCGCUGCCCCCGGAAACUCUUGGAGCUUCGCCAUGUUGGUGCUCAGCGACAGCGCACCCACGGGGCUCUUGUCCGGUGCGGCCCUCUGCACGUACGCCUUCAUCGGUCCGCACACGGCACUGCGGCGCGCUCCCGACAGUCCACAGCCGUGGCGGGACCUCCCCCUGGCCCUGGGUCUCAGCACGGCGCUCACGUUCCUGCUCACAUUUGCCAUGGCCGUCGUGGUCACCAUCCAGGCGCGCCACGACACGGCCCGUCCGCUGGCCGCCAUGCUGGCCUCCUGCUCGGCCGAGUGGGCUGGCACCGCCAUGAGCGCCGCGUCGCUCCUGGCACUCGUCGGACUCGCCCUGUACGGCCUUCUUCCCCUGGGCGGGGCCGUCCGGUCGCUAGCCGCCGACGGACUCCUCUUCCGCGGUCUGGCCAAGACGUCCAACGCCGGCCGACCCGUGGGCUCAAUCCUGGCCGCCGGAGCUCUGGCCGCCUUCGCGGCGCUCGUGGCGCCCGUACCCAGGCUCUUGGUACUCAUGGCUGUCGGGCCUCUGGCCCUGAACGCGGCCGUGUGCGUGGCCUUGCUCCUAGCCCGCUACCAUCCGGCCAGCCGGACCGCGUACGACCUGAUAGGCGACGAGUCGCCGCCGGCUAAGGAAGGGUCCGCCGCAGGAAACGGCGGCGGUGGCAGCUCGGGACCGGCGUCGUCGACGACUUCCCCGACCUCCUCGGCUUCUUCUUCAUCGUCCGAGGACGAGGAAGACAUCGACGCCCUGGUGCGCGAGUACCGCGAGCGACUACGCGUGGCGGCGCUGACCGACGGACUCCUGGCCGGAAACGGCGGCAAUUCUCUGCGCGAGCCGACGUCGGCGACGGCGCGCCGAGCGGACCUGGCCGUGUCGGGCGUCGUCGCGGCCCUCGUGGUCCUCUCGGCGGCCAUGGAGGUCGGCUCGAGACUCGAGGGCCGGGCGGCCUCCGUCUGCGCGGUGAUAUCGACGCUGUGCGCGAUCGCGGUCGCGGCGCUGCUGGUGCUGCUGUCGCGGCAGCCGCAGGUGCAGCUGGGUCCCAGCCUGCUGCACGCGGGGGCGGCCUUCCGCGUGCCCAUGGUGCCCUGGCUUCCCUGCAUCGGGGCCUUUCUCAACGUCUGCCUCCUGAUCGACCUUCUCGUCUCGGCCUGGCUCGUGUUCGUCUGCUGGCUGGCCAUAGGCGUGGCUCUGUACCUGCUGUACGGCAUCCACAGUUCGACGGCCGCCUCGGAGAUCCCUCUGCCCACAGCGCCCGCGGUGGGUUCUCCCCGGCAGCCGUCGCCCAAGAUCUCGCUGCAGCCACUAGCGCUGCAGCCGCACAGCAUCGUGUCGCACAUCGUACCUUCGCACCGGAGUCAUCCAGGCAGCCAGCGGAGGCUCGCCGAGCUCGACACUGUCUUCAUCCAGCACUGAUCCGGCGAGGCCGCCGCACAUACGCCUCGAAAGAGCACAAAACAAAACCGACCCGCUGCGUCACCGGUAGAGAGAACCGAGGCGGUCUUUCUACCAUCCGACACCUCGGCAAAACGUCCUCCGGCUAACGACAGACGGUCUGCGGGAAUCGGACAUAUGAGGACCGCGCCACCUGCAUUCCUGGCCGGAGGGGACAUCGACUACGACGGGGACCCGCUGAGCCAGCGUGGACAUCCCCCGCGAUCCCCACCACGACUGCCGCCGACCAGCAAUAACCGAGGAAAGCCUCCCACAAUAGGGAAGCGGGGGAAACGAAAAGAAAGAGGCCGACCGACCCAUCGUCUUGUUUUUCUUUUUUUUUUUAGUCGCAACAGCGCCGUCCUAAUAGUAUAUAUUUAUCAGUUGGGGGCUCUGGAGAAACGACGACACAGCGGCGCUGCCCCGCGGCUACAUAUAUACGUCGCGUCAUUCACUACAUGUUGUAAGACAGUUCGCGCUGUCCCGUCCCAGACAUAUGCACACAGACACACAUGCUCACACGGACACAACACGCGUAUACACAAAACGUGAUGUCGUUAUUACAGUCGCACGUAAUGAAAGGUACAUACACACAACGAGAUGUCGUUACUAUACAGUUGGGCGUACAAAAAGGUCGAUGCGAGUGAAAGUUGACGAAACGGGGACGUUGUCUGACGCGAAGGACAAAGUUCGGUGACUUCUGAUAAAUGCCGGGACUAUGUAUUUAUCUCUACAGCUGCGGCGUUCGAAGAGUGUUCCAGAAAUGGGUCAUAAAGAC